CCCAAGACAGACGACAACAUCUGGCAACACAUCAUGAGAAGUGGGAGCCGGUAGAGGACUGCCUUGGUUUGGUGUUUCUAUGUUAUGAGGGAAGAAUGGAGUUCCCAGACCAUAGCCGCCAGUUGCUGCAGUGCCUGAGUCAGCAGCGUCUCCAAGGUUUCCUGUGUGACUGCACUGUUCUGGUCGGCGAGGUGCAUUUCAAAGCUCACAGAGCCGUGCUGGCCUCCUGUAGCAUGUACUUCCACCUCUUCUACCGAGACCAACUGGACAAAAGGGACGUUGUGCAUCUGAACAGUGACAUUGUCACGGCCCCGGCUUUCAGCCUACUCCUUGAAUUUAUGUAUGAGGGAAAGCUGGAGUUCAGCGCCCUGCCGGUGGAGGAUGUUCUGGCCGCCGCCAGCUACCUCCACAUGUACGACAUAGUCAAGGUUUGCAAAGGCAAGCUGAAAGACAAGGAGCUGUCGUCCCCGGACGGGGAUAAGCUGAGCGAGGGAGUGACUGUGAGCAUGGGGCUGAGCUGUCUGGACAGGGACAGCUCCUCUGACGACGGGGAGAUGCCGGGCGGAGGUGGCAACGGAGACAACAGCUGCAGCAAACAGAGGGCCUCCUCGUCCUCGCGCAGGCAACGGCCACAGCAGCCUGGCGCCCCGAGGGCCCCUCUGGCUGACGAGUGUGACAUAGACAACAGCAGCGAGGAGGGCCGGCCGGCUGUCACAGAUUGCGAGAGGUUGGCCGUGGUGGCAGGAGGGCAGACGGCGAACGGUCAUCGCGCCAGGUCCCCGGACCUUGUUGGUGUCAAUUAUGUGUCAGGUGAGGCUGAGCCCUGCUGCGUCCAAACAGCUGGAAAACAACACACCGGUGUCAGCGGUGCGGCGGGCGUGCCCUCCCUGAGGUAUCGCGCGUCGUCGGAUGACACGGACUGCGCUCUGGAUUUGUCUUUCAAGCCUCUGCUGGCCUGCCGAGACGGCUUUCACCCCUCCCUCCUCUCUGGACAGCUGGCCCUCGACAGCCAGCAGCAGGGCACUGAGCCACUUGUUAAAGACGAACAAGACCUGCUGUCAGAGCAGGGGGACAGUGAGCCGACAAGCAGCCCGGAGAGCCAGCGCUUUGGGAAUAGCGCCAGGGGCACGGCGGUGACAGUGACAGGGUUCGCUGCCCUCUUCCCGGGCAACAGCGGCUCCAACGCCAGCCUGCUAUCCCCAGAGGAGGAGCUGAUGGAAGGGGAGGGGGCUGAGGACGGACUCCUGCGUGGUGGUGGGGGGAGUAGUGGGAGGAGGAGGAGGCUGCUCGGGGAUAGCGAGGAAGAGGAGGAGGACGACCUGGCCUCCUCGGACAUCUCCACCUCCAGUGGCGUCCUGCUGUCUCCGGCGGCCCAGGUGUGCAUGUGCCCGCUGUGCAGCAAAGUCUUCCCCAGUCCGCACGUGCUGCAGCUGCACCUGAGCUCCCACUUCCGCGAGAAAGACGGCGUCGUGCGCUCCAAGCUCUCGCCCGACGGCUCGGUGCCCACGUGCUCGCUCUGCGGGAAGACCUUCUCCUGCAUGUAUACGCUGAAGCGGCACGAGCGCACGCACUCCGGCGAGAAGCCCUACACGUGCGGCCAGUGCGGCAAGAGCUUCCAGUACUCGCACAACCUGAGCCGCCACGCCGUGGUGCACACGCGGGAGAAGCCGCACGCCUGCAAGUGGUGCGAGCGACGCUUCACGCAGUCCGGGGACCUCUACCGGCACAUCCGCAAGUUCCACUGUGGCCUCGUCAAAACUCUCGCCAUUAGCUAGAGAUCCUCCUAACAUUGUAAUCAAGACAAUAUGCACAUGAAACAUGAACGUGCACACACAUGAAUUGGGCUAACAGGAAGGAAACCAUACUUGUGCCUGAUUAUAUCAAACAAGUCAUGCAUGUCUGUGUGUAUACACACACACGUGCGCACGCACACACACGCGCACACACACACACACACACAUGCACACGCACACACGCGUGCACGCACACACACACACUUUCUACUGUUAGUGCUACUGUAUUGGUAUGUUAGUCUGUGCUGCUGUUCCUGUGCAUUUAAAAUGUCCCACACUUCACUUUGAGGAAGCUCGGGGGCAUUCUUUAUGCAUAGAUGAAAUUAUAGACAAGGUACUUGACACACCCACACCACGUGUG